GAAGGGACGGACACCUCGCAGGGGAUCCCCCAACUCGUCAGCAACAUCAAUGCUUGCCAGGUUAUCGCCGAAGCCGUGCGCACAACCCUGGGACCUCGGGGCAUGGACAAGCUCAUCGUGGAUGACCGGGGCAAAGCCACUGUCUCCAAUGAUGGUGCCACCAUCCUGAAGCUCCUUGAUGUCGUCCAUCCGGCAGCGAAGACGUUGGUGGACAUUGCCAAGUCUCAAGAUGCCGAGGUUGGCGAUGGUACCACAUCUGUAACGCUGCUCGCUGCUGAGUUCCUGAAACAAGUGAAGCCCUACGUGGAGGAAGGCCUCCAUCCCCAGAUCAUCAUCCGUGCCUUCCGCACAGCGACGCAGCUGGCUGUAAACAAGAUCAAAGAAAUUGCUGUUGCGGUGAAGAAGGAAGAUAAAGACGAGCAGAGGAGCCUCCUGGAGAAAUGCGCAGCCACGGCCCUGAGCUCUAAACUGAUCUCCCAGAGCAAGGAGUUUUUCUCCAAGAUGGUCGUAGACGCUGUCAUGAUGUUGGACGAUUUGCUGCAACUCAAAAUGAUUGGAAUAAAGAAGGUGCAAGGAGGGGCUUUGGAAGACUCUCAGCUGGUGGCCGGAGUUGCCUUUAAGAAGACGUUCUCUUACGCUGGGUUUGAAAUGCAACCCAAGAAGUACCAGGCUCCCAAGAUCGCUUUGCUGAACGUGGAGCUGGAGCUCAAAGCCGAGAAGGACAACGCCGAAGUCAGAGUAAACACGGUGGAGGAUUACCAGGCCAUCGUAGACGCCGAGUGGAACAUCUUGUAUGACAAACUAGACAAAAUCCACAAGUCGGGAGCCAAAGUUGUCCUUUCCAAACUUCCUAUCGGUGACGUGGCUACUCAGUACUUUGCAGACCGAGACAUGUUCUGUGCCGGCCGUGUUCCUGAAGAAGAUCUCAAGCGAACCAUGAUGGCCUGCGGCGGUUCCAUUCAGACAAGCGUCAGUGCCCUGUCAGAUGAUGUUCUGGGCCGAUGCGAACUCUUCGAGGAGACUCAGAUUGGAGGAGAGAGGUAUAACUUCUUCACAGGCUGCCCAAAGGCAAAGACUUGCACGAUAAUCCUGCGAGGGGGCGCGGAGCAGUUCAUGGAGGAGACGGAACGGUCCCUGCACGAUGCCAUCAUGAUAGUCAGGAGAGCAAUCAAGAACGACUCGGUUGUUGCCGGCGGUGGUGCCAUAGAGAUGGAGCUUUCCAAAUACCUCCGGGACUAUUCCAGGACCAUUCCGGGCAAGCAGCAGCUGCUGAUCGGUGCUUACGCUAAAGCCCUCGAGAUCAUUCCCCGCCAGCUCUGUGACAACGCUGGCUUCGAUGCCACCAACAUCCUGAACAAGCUCCGAGCCAAGCACGCACAGGGAGGCAUGUGGUACGGUGUGGACGUCAACAACGAGGACAUCGCCGAUAACUUUGAGGCCUGCGUCUGGGAGCCGGCCAUCGUGCGCAUCAACGCGCUGACGGCGGCCCCCCC